AGAGCCUCUCGGCUCCAGGCUCCGGCGUCCCGGGACGGCGGACGGGCCCCCCCGGGGUACAGGAAGGGGCCACCGAGGCCGACCGUUCGCUCUCGGGGUGUCGGGACCGCGGGUCUGAGGGAUGAGGAGGGGCCAUGGCCAGCGACGGGGCCAGAAAGCAGUUCUGGAAGCGCAGCAACAGCAAAGUCCCGGGCAGCAUCCAGCACGUGUAUGGCGCCCAGCACCCCCCUUUCGACCCACUGCUACAUGGCACCUUGCUCAAGGCCACGCCCAAGGCACCCAGCACCCCCGUGAAGGCCAAGAGAAUCAGCACUUUCCAGGAGUUUGAGAGCAACACCAGCGAUGCCUGGGAUGCUGGUGAGGACGAGGAUGGGCUCCUGGCCAUGGCGGCAGAGAGCCUGAGCAGCGACGUGGUCAUGGAGACGGCCAACCGCGUCCUGCGCAACCACAGCCAGCGGCAGGAGCGCCACAAGCUGCAGGAGGCUCCAGGCCCUGAGCAGAAGCCAAAGCCUGUGGCCGAGCCCCCUUUGGUCCCAAGCGGUGACAUCCGGCUGGUGAAGUCCGUCAGCGAGAGCCACACAUCCUGUCCUGCAGAAAGCGCCAGCGACACUGUCCCCCUGCAGCGGUCCCAGUCUCUCCCACACUCGGUGACUGUCGCACUGGGUGGGACGUCUGACCCCAGUGCCCUCAGCAGCUCAGCGUUAAGUGAAAGAGAGGCCUCUCGGCUUGACAAGUUCAAGCAGCUUCUUGCCGGCCCCCACACAGACCUCGAGGAAUUACGCAAAUUGAGCUGGUCCGGAAUUCCUAAGCCGGUUCGUCCCAUCACCUGGAAGCUUCUCUCAGGUUACCUUCCUGCCAAUGUGGACCGAAGACCAGCCACUCUCCAGAGAAAACAGAAAGAAUAUUUUGCUUUUAUUGAACACUAUUAUGACUCUCGGAAUGAUGACGUUCACCAGGACACCUACAGACAGAUCCACAUCGACAUCCCUCGAAUGAGUCCAGAAGCAUUGAUACUUCAGCCCAAAGUGACAGAGAUUUUUGAAAGGAUAUUGUUUAUAUGGGCGAUACGUCACCCUGCCAGUGGAUAUGUUCAGGGGAUUAAUGACCUUGUCACUCCUUUCUUUGUAGUCUUCAUGUGCGAACACAUAGAGGAGGAGGACGUGGACGCUGCCGACAUCUCCCGCGUGCCUGCAGAAGUGCUGCGCAACGUCGAGGCCGACACAUACUGGUGCAUGAGCAAACUGCUGGACGGUAUUCAGGACAACUAUACCUUUGCCCAGCCUGGGAUUCAGAUGAAGGUGAAAAUGUUGGAAGAGCUCGUGAGCCGGAUUGAUGAGCAAGUCCACCGGCACCUGGACCAGCACGAGGUGAGGUACCUGCAGUUCGCCUUCCGCUGGAUGAACAACCUGCUGAUGCGGGAAGUGCCCCUCCACUGCACCAUCCGCCUGUGGGACACCUACCAGUCGGAACCCGAGGGCUUCUCUCACUUCCACUUGUACGUCUGCGCUGCUUUCCUGGUGAGAUGGAGGAAGGAAAUUCUGGAAGAAAAGGAUUUCCAGGAGCUGUUGCUCUUCCUUCAGAACCUGCCGACAGCCCACUGGGGCGAUGAGGACAUCAGCCUGCUGCUGGCUGAGGCCUACCGCCUGAAGUUUGCCUUCGCGGAUGCCCCCAAUCACUACAAGAAAUGAGCCGGGGCCAGCGCAGCAGGCCUCACCCCGCCCUAGGGCAGCGCGCCGAAUGUCGCCGGUGGCCACAGGCCCAUGGUCAAGGAGAGGCCUUGCUGGAGCAGCCCUGCCCUCCCCGGAGGUGGCCAGGACUGGGCGUCAGACGGGGGCCAGGGCCUGGCUGGGGACCACCUCUGUUUCCUAGGAUACCAAAGAGAGCCGGGGAGGCUCUUGGCCCUUUGGGAGCCCGGAGGUGGGUGGGCGUCUCCCUCCCUGUCCCUGGAGCGUCCUUGCCAAAUAACUGCCUCCUGGAGCCCCCGCUGCGCCGCAGCCUGAGAGCCAGACCCUCUGGGAGAGGCCUGCUGUCCGGUGCCCGGGGCAGGAGGAGGUGGUCGUCAUCUCAUAUCUACUUUGAAAUGCAAAACUCCUAUUCUGUUGAGUGAAAGAGAAUAAAACAGACAAAACAGCAA